AUGGAUGUAAAGGAGGUUAAUGCAGCUUUUAACAUUAAAAAAGACUCCAAGUUUGUCAUCAUCACGGAGCUGCUGAUCCGGAAGCUGCCCUUCCAGAGGCUGGUGCGGGAGAUCGCGCAGGACUUCAGGACGGACUUGAGGUUCCAGAGCGCGGCCAUCGGCGCCCUGCAGGAGGCCAGCGAGGCGUACCUGGUGGGCCUGUUUGAGGACACCAACCUGUGUGCCAUCCACACCAAGAGAGUCACCAUCAUGCCCAAAGACAUACAGUUGGCUCGCCGGAUACGGGGGGGAGAGAGCUUAAGUUACAGACCUGUCUAUGCUGAAACUUACACAAGAAAUCAUUCUUCUGCAAUCUAA